AUUCACUCUCUCUCUCUCCAAGCUCAAGAAAACGAGAUCCAACAUUUUCCUUCUCUUCAAUCUUUCUCUCUUUUUCAAUUAUGGAUCGAUUGUGUGAGAGAGAUCCGUGGUAUGAUGAGAUGAAGAACGCUAAGAAGAUUUAUGAUCAAUUAGAAGAAGUCGGAAUGAUGGAAGGAAUUCCGAAUAGAUGUCCUUGUGGUGGACGCAUCCUCGACAAGAUCUCUGAGAACGAUGGUGACAAAGGGAAAAGAUACUAUCAAUGCAACGUGUAUAAGAAUGAUGGUUUACACAUUCGGAAACUUUGGGAUAAAGCUAUGGAAGAAGAGGUGACUAACUUAAGGGAGGAGGUUGAUACCCAUCACAAAAAGAUUCAGAGCUUGGAGUACUAUCAAGAAGAAAUGCGUUCGGAGUUGAAAGGUAAUGGUAAGGAGAUCCAAAAACUGAAGGAGUUAGUCGCUCAUCUAGCGGAGAAAUGCAUUCGGAGUUAGUCGCUCACUAAUGUGUAAGCUUAUUUUUUGCUUUGUAAGACUUGUCUAUGCUUUGUAAGACUUUUCUAUGAUUUGUGAGACUUUCCUAUGCUUUGUAA